UAUUUUCUUUUGUUUAUUUGACUAUUAAGUACAAGGAAUAAAAUGUGCUUUCAACAUAGAAUGUUCGAGACGUGCAAAUGAGUAUCUAUGACAAGAAUGACAAGAGUGACGCCUACAUUAUGUGGAAACCAGCGAGAUUUGGCUCGAGCCAAGAAUCAAAAGAAGCAGCAAGAAAUACAAAAGAAAAAAACGGCAAGUGAGAAAACAGGAAUGUCUCUCUCUGAAAGGAAACAUAGAGAUGCUGAAUUGAUGAGAGAGAAACAAAGAAAAAAAGAAGAACAAGAGGGCCAAGGUGCUAGAAAACAAGCAGUACAUUAAGAGUUUGGUCCAAUUUAUGAACAUAUUUUGACUGCUGAAUUAUAUGAACAAUUUUUGGAUACUUGGGUUUGUUUGCCAGAAGUUAAAUUGUUCAAGUGAUAUAGAAGCAAUCAUUUAAGAUAAGUUUCCAUUUAAAAAAAAAAAAACUUGGGUUCUACUGUAACAACUUUAAUAAAUAAUCCAAUCAAUUAAUCUGUUUUCUUUGUUAGAAUAUGCAAAAGUAACUUAUUUAAGAAGUUGUAAUAACAGUCACAUAAAGAAGAAAUAUGAUCUGAUUUAUUAUGAGGGGUGAUAUGAAAUGUAAUUAAAAGUUACAUUAACAUAGCAUUUACGAGUCUUCAUUUGACUGAAUAGAUUUAUAUGUAUACUAUUCCAACUAUCCAUUUUUAUAUAAUAAAGACUUGAAAAUAUC